AGACUGGAUCAGAAGCUUGGUAGAACCGGAUCGGGACUUCUGUUGGUUUUCCAGAGACCGUUUUGAAGAUGUUUUACUACCCGACUGUUCUAAAGCGUCACACGGGAUGUUUUUCUACCAUCUGGCUCGUUGCUACAAAAGGCAUCAAAGUUCCUCGCCGGGAGUUCCUGAAAGUCAACGUUAAAAGGACCUGCGAUGAGAUCAUGAACUACGUGCUGGAGCGGGUCCCGCCCCCUCGGCCGGAUCUCCCACGGCCCCGCUUCUCCCUCUACCUCUCCUCCCAGCUCCAGUACGGCGUAGUCCUGGUCUACCACCGCCAGUGUGCCAUUCUCCUGGAGGAACUCCAGUCCAUCCUGAGCCACCUUCUGAAACAGAGGAACACCAAAGUCAUCGAUCUGGAUGAUGGCAACAGGCAAACUAUGGCUCUUCCAGAUGGGCUUUCUCUGAUGGCGGAGACUGAAAAUGCUCCUGAUCCUUUAUUUGGAGUGAUGGAUGGCCUCAUGCACAGUCCCACUACACUCCUGCAGAUGAGUCGAGAGUACACAAGAGAGGUUUCUCCUGAGCUUCCCGAGCUUCCUGAUCUAACCAGUCCAGCUGCUCCUGUUGCUCUGGAGCUCCAAGGCAUCACUGCGUCUCCAGAAGCCAUCACACUCAGAGAGACGGAGCCUGUUGCUAUUCCUGCUGCAGAGUUUGAGGGUGUCGAUCUCGCUGAUCACCUUCCAGACAUCAUUGACUUUCUCUUGGAUCAAAAAGGUCACUUUCCAGAAGAAGGUGUAGAGUUACCAGAAGGAGCGAUUCCCCAAGAAGAAGAAGAACGAGAGCUGAAGAGGGAAGCAAGAGACUCUGAGAGACAGAAGAUGAAGGAGUUGACAGGAUCUACUGCAGAGCUGCAGUCUACGACUGUUCCCGGGGAAGAUGCUGCUCUGUUGCCACAGGAAGAACCAGGACCACGUGCUGAAACCCCACAAGCUCCCAGAGAUGAGGUCACCCUGGUCUCUGGACCGCUCCUCCCCUCUCCACCUUCUGCAGCAAGGAAAAAACGCCCGAGAAGUCCCGAGUUAGAGGAUGUCCAUCCUGAGGUGAGCAGGAGGAGGAGGCGCAGGAGACAGCUGGUGUUCUUCGAUCCGGAGACGCAGCUCCCUCAGAACGAGCAGCAGCAGCAGAUUGAUGACCCUCUAACUGAAACCAGACCCUUGGCUCUACCACUGCUGUUUUCUCAAAGAACCGUCCCUGCCUCGGAGCUCUUCAGCAACCCCUGCAUCUUUCUCCCAGAUGAGAUCCGGUCUCUAUGGAGACAGGCCGCAACCAUCACACCUCUGCCGGGCUCGGACCUCCAGGUUGGAGCGGGGGGGCCCGAGUCGUCUGACUCGGAGAGAGAACGCGAGACGAUGGAGGCGGCCGAGAGAGAGGAGCAGAGACUCGACCAGGUUUCCUCAGAGGUACCAAUGGUGGAGCCUGAGAUGUUUGAUAUCUCGGCUGGUGGUACUCUGCCACUGGAGGCGUCUGAUCAGAGGGAGUUGUCUCGAGAAAUCUCUCCUAUUUACACAUCUGACAGAGAAGGGUCCAUCAUCUCCAAAUCUGCCCUGAUGCUGCAGGACAUCCCUGAGAGGGAAAGUGAAACAGCUGACAGGGAAGCAGCAGCAGAGUCUCCUGGGUGGUUGCCGGAGUUGGUGGAGCACGAAGGGGAGUCGGUACUUUUCCGGUCUCUUUUACCACCAGAGGCAAACCGUAAAACUGUCAGCAACCUUUUUCAGAAGCUCCUGGAGAAAUUAUCGUCCGGGAGGAUCCGCGCAGAGCAGCAUGAGCCGUUUGGAGACAUCUUAAUAUUUCCUGGAUCCAGCCCCAAAGACCUGGAUUAAAUCGGAUUAAUUCUGUGUUCCAGUUUUUCUGCUUUCAGAUAACAUUCAUGAAACUGUUCUGUGGUCUUUUCGUACGGUGUUUGUUAUUGAUGUUUUGUUCACUGAACUGAAACAACUUUCAGUUUUAAAGAGUUUUAUUUAAUAUCUGUAUCAUUGUUCCUCUUUGCAACCAGUUUUAUCAACUUCAUACGAUGUCAGAAGAAUAUUUUACUAUUUCUACGGUCGAGUAUUUGAUCAUUGUAUCUCUUUUACUUACUCUGAUGAAAUAAACAUAUUUGUUUUUUAAACCACAGAAAGGCUGUGUGUGAUCUC